CAUGUUCCACAUACCGGCACUUGCCUGCUGAAGCCGCCACACGACUCUGCUGGCUUCUGUAAUAAUAUUUGUUUGGAUACAUACAAAUAGGCGCCAGAGAGGAUGCCCCACUAGAUCUUAUUGAGCCACGGCCAACAUGUGGAAGAAUAUCUGUUGAGCAAAGUUAAAGACAACGUAAAAGAGGACAAGUCAUUCAAGAUCUCAGAGUGCGACAGAUGGCCAUGCACUACACUGUAUUACUGCAAUAAUAAAAAGCACUAUAAAGUGAGUAAGAAUGGCAAUACCCAGUCAUGUGAUCAUGGUCAUGAUCACCACCGCCCUUCUGCUGACAAAUAUUAUUUUGGAAACAAGGUGCUUCUCAGGUCCCGUCUUACAGGUGCACAGUGAAGAAGAACACUCUGUAUCUCCCGUCAGGGAGAAAAGGAGCGUACCAACGAACCAAUGGGAUUACCUUAUUGAUGUCGUUGUGACGGCCCCUGAUCUACAAACAUUCCAGCUGCUUCAGGCGAAUACCAGUUUCCCCAUAGUACUUGAUAACAGCACAGAGAUCUCUGAGAUUAUUGUCACAACAGUGUGCUCCCCAAGAGAAGCUGGCUUCCAGUGCAGAUGUGAGGAAAACUUUGCUUGGCCGUACAGCAGUUGUGUCAAGUAUGGAGCCUGUGGUGAAAUAUCCGGAGGUAUCUGUAAAUGCAUCGACCGCAUUCCGGACGAUGGCCAGUCCUGCCAGCUGAUGUCAGCGCUGCUAACUCCGGUUGAGUACACAGUGGACGUGGAGCUGAACGUUUCAGACAUUCAGAUAGUGGACCAGCUGAGGAUCCUCCUGCAGCACGGCCCUGAACUCCUGAGCUUGGGUCCCAUUGUCAACGUCACUCACAUUAACAUCACCACAGUGUGUUCCCUAAAUGGUACAAACUUCCAGUGCAGGUGUGAGCAACAGUAUGUUUGGUCAUAUGACAACUGUCUCACAUACGGAGCCUGUGACGACAUCAUUGGAGGGACAUGUGGUUGCAUCAACAGGCUUCCUACCAACGGGCAGUACUGCCAGCCACAGACAGCCCCUCCAGUUGUCUAUGAUUACCUGGUUUCUAUUGAGCUGAACACCACAGAUGUUGGUGUCAUAGACCUACUGAGGAGCAUCAGUUACCCGAUCAGCAUUACCGACACCAUUCUAGUCUCUGACUUAAAUAUUUCUACAGUUUGCUAUCCGAGCAGCGCUGGUUACCAGUGCAGAUGUGAGGACCAGUAUCGUUGGUCAUGUGACCAGUGCUUCAAAUACGGAUCCUGUGACAACAUCACCGACGACACGUGUGGAUGCAUCAGUGGCAUUCCCCCUGAUGGACAACACUGCCAGUCUGCUGAUCAGCACAAUUCAACAACAGUCGUCAACACAACACCUACAACAAAUACAACGACUCCAAACACAAGUACCAAGGCUCCAACCACUACCAUCACUGCUCCACCAGCGGUUUCUACCACCACCAACACCCCGAUAGGACUCAAUGUGGAAAUGUCUGUCGAAUUAGACAGGACAUUCAACAGCAAUUUAAGCAAUCCAUUAAGUGAUGAAUACAAGACACUUGAGUCAAGUAUUAAUAAAGUGUUAGUUAGCCAGUAUAGCAGUAUCACAGGGUUCAUUAAAGUUUCUGUGACCGGCUUCAGAGAAGGGAGCGUAAUUACAGAGUUUACUGUUCAGACAUCAAACAUCAAUCUGGGUGAAGUGGCAACAGCAAAUAAAAACCUCAUCACUGCAAUAACGCCUAUUGCUCCUGUGAUUGGCUCAGUUACUGCAUUGAUUAACAGUAAAACCCCCACAAAGACCAUAAAACCAUUUCCUAUUUUCACCGGUCAAACCAUGGUGCUGAUGUGUGAGGUUUCUCCGGAGCUGAAUAUAGGAGAUAUUUCUGGCUCUAAAUGGAAAUUCAAUGGAAAGGAAAUUAAUACCAAUCAAGUAUUGUUCUCUGGCUCAACCUCAACCCUUACAGUUAACAAUGUCGCCCUUCUUGAUAUUGGACUUUACGAAUGUACUCUGACGGGUGGAGUCAUAUCGUACAGUCAAAAAAGGGCUGUAACAAACGACGAAAUCAAAGAAACUCCCAUCAUACGACUGAAGAGAAGAGUCAAUGUUAAAUGUGGCGGGGGGGGACAGGUAAUACCCAUUGAGUGCUGUGUGCAGUCCCCCUAUACCGUCAACUGGUUCAGGGGGUCAGAAGAUUCGGCCCUUGUUUCCUCUGCCAUUGGCGGCUGCAUCAACUAUGAUCACCGCCUUGAGAGCUGCAGCGAGCGACCACUUUUCACCUGUAAAGUUCAGAAUUUAGCAUAUGAAGAUAAAACAGAGAUUAUCGUUUUCACACAGGAAGUUGCAUGUACGGAUGUUCAGUACGGUGAUGGACGAGACGGCGACGAAUCAACCAUAAAAUGUGACGCAGGUCUAGAAGGGUUCAAGAAGGCGCGGUGUGUGUCAAGAAAGUGGACCGUUUUCGAGGACACCUGCAUCGUAACAAGAGUCAAAGAGUUGUUAUUUGCAUCGGAGCGUUUGAAUGAAGAAACAGUGGCAGAAUUUGCGACAAAUUUAAGCAAAGUUGUCAAAGAAGAAGAAACUAAAAUUUUGAGUUCACCUGCAACCAUAUCUGCUAUUGUUGACAUCUUAAAGAACAUUGCAGCCCAUAUUGGCGAGGUGGUCAGUAAAGACUUUAUCGAGGAUGUACUUGAAACAGUUGAUGUCAUUGUCGGUGAUGGUUCAAGAGAGUCUUGGACAACUCUGAAUGGCAAUGAAACCAAAAAUGCAAGCUCAAGUUUACUGGGCUCAAUGGAGUUGCUCGCUGGUGGAUUGGUCGGGGAGGAGGCCUUGGCGACUAAACGGAUACUGUUAAACAGAACAUCAUUCAACAACUCCUUUAGUGCAGAUCUGAAUUCCAGCAUCUUUAUAGAUAUACCAGACAUCAACCUUCGUAACGUCUUUAUAACCACCAUCACCUUUCCUACACUUAACAAUGUUAUGCCGGUGCGGCAUAACUCCAGCAGCGUCUUGGACACCACCGGCAAUGAGAGCAGAGUUGUGGACAUUGCCGUCAACGCUGCUGUUGUGCUAGUUCAAAUAAAUGAAACAAUUCAAAAUGUUACUCUGAGCUACAGCAAGCUGAACAAGUUGCUGUCACAAGGCCCGCAGUGCGUCUUUUGGAACUUUAAACUUUUUAAUAAUCGUGGCGCUUGGGACAGUGAGGGCUGUAAAUUUGUUUCCGACAUAAACAACACAGUAACCUGUAAUUGCAACCAUCUCACCUCCUUCUCAAUUCUGAUGUCAACCAACAUCCCUGAAGAGAUAAGAUUUGCCUUGGAUGUAAUCACCUAUGUUGGUGUUGGGAUAUCUAUGGCAAGCCUAGUUAUAUGUCUAAUAAUUGAAGGAUACAUUUGGAAAGCCAUGACCAGAAAUAGCACUUCCUUCAUGCGUCAUGUUUCCAUCGUUAACAGUGCCGUGUCUUUGUUGAUUGCAAACAUCUGUUUCAUCAUCGGAGCCUCUAUUGCAGAUAAUCCCCUCGAAAACCCUGAGAGUGAUCAUUUGGUACCAGUUGGUCCAUGCAGCACAGCAACAUUUUUCAUGCACUUUUUCUACCUUGCCCUGUUCUUUUGGAUGCUGGUGUCAGGCCUACUGCUCUUCUACCGGACGGUCAUGGUCUUCUCCCACAUGUCCAAGUCAAUCAUGUUGGGGAUUGGCUUCGUAUUAGGCUAUGGGUGCCCCCUGAUUAUAGCUGUUAUUACUGUUGCUGUCACAGCACCAGGAAAUGGAUACAUCAGGAAAGACAAUGCCUGUUGGCUCAACUGGUUUGAGACAAAUGCCCUGCUGGCGUUGGUGAUACCUGCCUUGACCAUAGUUUCCAUCAACCUUUUAAUAGUGUUCGUGGUUGUGGUCAAAAUGCUAAGAAGAGGUGUGGGAGACGCUGCCCAAGCAGAUGAGAGGCACACAGUGGUGGUCAUUCUAAGGUGUGUGGUCAUUUUGACUCCUUUAUUCGGACUGACCUGGGCUUUAGGAGUCGGAACCAUGAUAGACUCAAAAAAUAAGGGAAUCCACAUUGCCUUUGCCUUCUUCAAUUCUCUACAGGGUUUCUUCAUUUUAGUGUUCGGGACCCUAUUCGAUUCAAGGAUCCGUUCUAUUCUGUUGAAGAAAUCACCCGCAUCAAGCACAGGCUCAAAUCAUACAUCAAGGACUACAAGUGGUGGUCUUUCCUCUCACAGUGGACUAAACUGGAUAAAUCGACUGCGCAGAAAAAGAAAUAUCUACCAUGUGUCAGAAGCAGCACCCUCAAGUAACACCGGUGCAUCAGAGUCAUUUAUGAAUACUUGAGUCAACGCACUCAAACUGUUUAAUUUAAUACCAAAACUAAUUCGAACGAUCAGGCAAUUUCUUUAAUAAUACCAAACUAUAAAAGGCACCAAGUUGUGUUAGAUGUGCCCAGUUGUCUAAUGACAAGGCAUAGAAAAGCAAGCAGGACUUGUCCAAAAGUUUGGUGCUAUUUAAAUUGACAAUUAACUUGCUAAACAUAUGCCUUGUGCUGCAAAUUUUCGACUGUUUCUUGGUUUGGUAAGAAGCGCAGAGGUCAGAGGAAGUAAGAAGUAGAGAAGCAACUUCUGAUUUCUGAAUAACUCACAAGAGUGACACAGAAACUAUGACUGUAAUUAAGUGAUCAUUUAUAGAUACACUCAAGUAGUGAAUCGUACGAUAAUGGCUGAUCAUGAUUACCAUUAACUUUUCUAGACCCAUCUGAAAAGUUACAACUGAGGAUUUAAUGAACUAAAUGGUUCUCCCUAGAGAACAAUCAGUUAUUUAAUGAAAUACAUCUCCAUAAAUGCUUUUCAAGGUGAACUUUACUGUUGAACAAUGUGUACGGUAGACUGGGUUGUGAAGGGAAAAAAUAUUAAAAUAUUUUUGUAUUUCUUAUUAUUUUAAAUAAAACCCUUAACAAGAGGA